AUGGGAGUUUUCGACCGCCUCUUUGCGUUGGGAGAUCGGUUGCUGAAUGGUGACCUGGUCGACGAGGGAUGGAAUGAGCUUGCGGAAUUUGCGCGAAGCAGCGUGUGCUUCGUGGCCGAUGUGCCUCACACCUGGCUGCUUCCCCACUGCAGCUGCUUGGUUCACCACGGUGGUGCGGGAACAGUGCAGACAGCCCUGCGUGCGGAAGUACCGCAAGCAGCUGAGUUCCGGGACAGUGAUUGUUUCGGUGCAGAGACAGGCGGAGGGAGAGAAAGAGCUCAAGGCUCAAGUUUUGCUUUGUGGAUCCAGUUUAAAAAGGAGUAUAGAUUCAUGCUCGGACAUCCAACGGAUGACGAUGAUUCCUCCGAGGACAUGGAUGAGCUGUUCUGCAACGUAAUUGCUGCCAUGAGGCCAACUUCACCUGAGAUUCUGCGGGCCACGCCAGCAUUUGAGACACUGCGGUGCCUGGCCCGACCUCUGCGCAGUCUCGAGGGCGACUUCUUUGGACGGAGCCAGGUGACGACAAGAAUUGGAUCAUUUUGGUCGCAUAGUUGGCACGGAUCGACUUGGCAAAAGAUCGCCUUUCUCUUCUUUUCGAACAAUGGUCCCGCGGCUGCAGCCGUAGGCUCGGCCUCAGCUGUUUUGGGAGGGUUGCUCUAUUGCUACAGGAUCUUGCCAAGUAUUUUUGGGCACCUGGGGUGGUGUUCGAUCUUCGCCACAUUCACGUAUGUCUUCACCUUGCUUUUCUGGCGAAGGAGGCAACUGGUUUUCCUGGACAGGAUCUGCAUCUCAGAUGAUGAAAAGCUGAAAGCAGAGGCGAUGCUCAGUUUGGGUGCUUUCUUAAGAUAUUCUGAUGCCAUGCUCGUCUUGUGGGAUCCGACGUUCAUGGACCGGUUGUGGUGCUUACUAGAACUUGCCGCCUACUUACACAGUCGGAAGGCAGGCUCCAAGAUCAGGCUGACCAUCCGCCCUACGCUGUUGGGCCCCUUACUUCAAAUCACAGUCUUUUCUCUGAUCGUCUUCAACGCUGUAACCACGUUUGCUUGGGUCCUCAUAGAUGGUUUCUGGUACUUUUGGCUGGUCGUUCUCCUGCUGUCAAGCGUGAACUUCUGGCUCACGGCUCACAUGGGUCGUGACUACUGCCGAACAAUAGAGAAAGUGCGAGACGACAUUGCAGCCUUCAGUGUUGACAAGCUGGUGAGUUGGUGUUGUUGCGUGGGGCACAAAGACCCAGCAUCAGGAAUGCCAGUGCCUUGUGACCGGAAGAUCAUUUUGCAAUGUAUUCAAAUAUGGUUUGGCAGCAUCGAAGCCUUCGAGCAUCAAGUACGGUCAGACGUCCUGCGAAUCCUCGUGGAUCAGCUCUCCAAUCAAGUCAUUUCUUACGGACUGCUGGUAACCGUGACGGUGCCCAUAACCUGGGGAUACCUGGAUGUUGUCUUUGACCGCUUUAGGGUUGGUGAGUAUGCGGAGGGCAUGCACAGCCUGAUGCGUGGAUUGACAUACGGCUUGGCUAUGUCUCCCUCUCUUAUAUUACUCCUAUUCCGGCUGGCAUACCAUUUGCGGAGGCAGCGCAGCUUGUACCUGCUAGAACUACUCGCGUCAGCGCUUGUCAUUCUUUGCGGCCUUUGUAUUUUUGUUUGCAUUGUCGCGUGGGACCUGUCAACGUUCACAGUGUUGCUUCCGGAGGCUCGAAUCGCAGCCGGGUUGCUAUUUUGUGUGCCCACAGUGGCCGUGGCACUGGUGGUGUGGACAGUCGUGCCCAAGAUCAAACUUCUCUAG